AUGAAGGUCCGGUGCUCCGAGGAAACACCACGGUGCGCCAACUGCCUUCGGCGAGGCCGGCCUUGCACCUACCCGACGGUUGGUGUCUCGGCCAGGUCGGAGCGGGUGUCAGAUGACGCUCCGAGCCUCUUCGGGUCAGACUCAGCGGUAUCGAUUCCGGCAUGUGAACAGCACUACGCCCGGCUGCACGAUGCUGGUGCUGUGCCACCCGAGCCGGUGGUAGACGAGCUGAUUGACCAAUACUUCAGCCGUCUCCAUUCCCUUCCUGCUUACAGCUUCCUGCACGAGGAAACUGUGAAGAGAAGAAACCGCGAAAGGACCAUCAAUGAUGCCCUUAAGCUCUCGCUGUGUGCCAUCACGGCCCUGGUCUUGGGUAGACACGAAGCCGAGCGUGACGGGUGGGCUCGGGAAAGCGAGCGCCAAAUUCUGGACCAACUGGAUGAGCCUUCCAUCUUCCACCUCCAGGCCUUGCUCCUCGUGAUCCGCUACCGGGCCGAGACGGCCAAGUCCAGGAGGGCCUUUAUGCUCGCGGGGCUUGCUGCACGCUCGGCUGUCGCUCUCCGGCUCAACUACGAGCAUCCCGAGCUUGGUCCCGUGGCUCAGGAAGUGCGGAGACGGACGUUCUGGUCUCUGUAUCUCCUCGAGGAUGUCUUCUGCGUCGGCCUGAAGGAAUUCGAACUCUGCCGGCCCGAGAUCAUCCAACUCCAGCUGCCGUGCGCCGACAUCGACUUUGGCAACGAGAGGGAAACCGUCACGGGGUUUUUGCAACCGGGGAUGGGGCUGGAACCCGAAACACUCUGUGUCCGGGGUUUGUUUGUGAAGCUUGCAUUCACUCGGCGGUCCAUCAUGAAACUCAACCGACAACUAUACCUGAACGAGAUCGAUCUUCCGGGCCUGUUCCGCGCAAUCGAGCACCUACAGUCAGAUCUCCGCCGCAUAUCGUCCCAGAUCGCCCCGGAAGAUGGGUACCCGCCUACCAGUACUACCGCAAUCGGCUUGCGUCCGCAAUAUAUCAUGAUGCACAUGUCGUACCGUCAAUGUCAGUGUGACCUGUACCGGAUAUUCCUGAGCGGCUACCCGGAGGCGGCGCCGCAACGGAACAUCGAGGGCAUCAAAGCCCGAAAUAUCGCUACCAUGAGACACCGAUGUCUUAAGAGCGCCCAAGAAAUUCUUGAUAUUUUGUUUUAUUACGACAGCCAGACCGACACCGGCCAGGUCCUGGAUUUUGACGCAGCGGUCUGCACAUACCAUGCUGCCCGUCUUGUUCUGUUCGGAGCAUUCAGCGGAAAAGGGGGGAUUGACAUUUCCAUGGAAGCAGCCAUCGACCAUGCACAACGUAGCGUGGACAUCAUCUCGCGACGUUUUGCCUUCUCGGCAGCGGUCGAGCCAAUGCGCGACGAUUUGUCCAAGCUGAUUGAGAGGUACAGGGGGCUCAUCCGCUCGUCCAGCAGUGAAGGGGUGUAUGCGGUCGAUCAGGGACCCCGAGCGCAGCCUGGUGUUUCCAAGGCUGCUAUUAUCCGGCAGAGGCUCUCCGUCCACAGCCUGCUUCUGCGGUCAGACUUCGUCGAUGACAGCCGCGAGGCCGCCACGGAGCCGCCCAGAGACGUGAUUUCUGGCCCUCCCCUAGACCAACCCCCGGAUUGGGCCGGCCCAUCGCCCGCUACCGGCUACCUUUCGGCUGCGCACCAACAAGAGUGGAUACAACCUCCGACAUUGCUGCCGUCCCAGGCUUCGUUCCCCGACCCGGGACUUAUUGGCAUGUACGACGGGGCGAGCAUUGACUUUAGCGUGUGGUCUCUAUUCCCUGCAAUAUUUGAAGGGAUGGGGACAGGCAAUAGUGUCGGUGGAGAGGAUGAGCAAUACAUGUACUAG